AUGGCUCAACUACACGAAAACAUCUACCAAUCCCCUUACGAUGUUGCCAAAAACCUGACAGAAGCUGAGGUCACUGCCAUGGUCGAGCAGCAGCCGAUGGGCGACGACCGGGGCUGGCGUGUCACCGGGUUUGCGUAUCCUACCGAUAACCCGAUUGUCUACAUCAAAUAUGGACAUAAUAGAAGUUCUUUGAGAGACUCGGAGGCACGAACUCAUCAAUUUGCGUACGAUUCCCUGCAAAGGCUGCCACAGCAAGAACGACAAGGGGUCUGCAUCCCAGAGAUCUAUCGCAUCAUGCAGGCAGGCAAUUGGACUUACAUCGUCAUGGAAUAUAUCCGCGGUAGGACCCUGGCCAAACUUAUGGAGGAUCGGGAAACCUUCAAAGAGACGUAUCAGUACUAUUACGAUAGCAUUGAACGAGCCCUGAAACUGCUCCUAUCCUUCCCUGUUCCAAAGGACGCCGCACCGGGACCUUACGGAGGUGGCAUUAUCCAGCACCCGCUAUUCAAGGAUUAUCGAGCCGCGAUCCAGUACGACUCAGUCGAUAUGCUAGAACAGCAUUUGAACAAGGUUUCAACCGUUGUUAGCAAGGAUGCGCUUACCGUGUCGCUCGAGAGAGACCUCCACUUUGUCUUUGCGGACCUUUAUGAGGGUAAUUUCAUGUUCACUGAUAACGGGGACGUAUACGUUAUCGAUUUCGAACAAGCUGGCUUCUUACCUCUAAGUUUUAUGACAUAUGCAAUGGUUCAAAUGCGUGCAGUCGCCGGCAUGCUUCACGACAAGCUUGACUUGCCUCAAGAGAAUAUCCCAGCCAUGAGGCACAUAUGCUCUUUGUUUGUGAUGAGUUGGACUAAAAUUGGUUUGCCAGUGUGA